AUGAGCUUCCUGAACGCCCUUAGUUCACAGGAUGUCGUCUUGUCGCAGCGUGCCUCUCGUCAAGCCGACCAGACGGCAGCCGUCAAGGACCUAGAGAACACCAUUGCCAGGUUCCAGGCGAUAUUGACCGAUGAUGACCGAAAGAAUCUGCAGAAGCUGAAAACCGAGCCCCAUGAUGCGCAAUCCAUCAUCAUGUUUACGGCACGCCUUGACAGGUUCGAUCCAAAGCGCAGAGGCAAGAGUGUCGCCUCAAGGCUAGCCUCAUUUCUGCAGACUAUUGAGCAGUUCACUCCCAUUGUUGAUACCUACAUCCAAUCCAAUCCCGAGAUUGCGGCGCUGGUCUGGGGGUCUGUUAGGCUCACCUUCCAGCUACUCGCCAACUUCACAUCCUACUUCCAGUCCUUUGUCGAACUCUUGUCUGGCUUUGGGACACUGUGUUCCAGGUUUGCCGAGUACCAAGUCAUCUUCAAAGACUCUCCCAGACUCAAAACGUCCAUCUGCGCGUUUCACUCUUCUGUCGUCAAUUGCUGCGAAAAGAUUGUGCUGGUGACGCGCCGGCCAAUGAAGUCACAAGCAUGGAUGGCCAUCACUCAAUCUUUCCAAAGUGAAAUCCGAGGCUAUGUUGACGAUAUCAAGUCAAAGGCAGAGAUUGUCCGGGAUGAUAUCCAGCUCGCCAAAGCCCAAAGCGAUAGCGAAGAGCACCAGUUGCAAGCCAAGGCACGGAAGAAGGCAGAAGAGAGUCACGGCCGCAUCUCUUCCCUGUUGACAAAGGCUAGGUCAGAAAUGAGACUCAUUGGCGAGAACGGAACAAGAGGGACUGCAGAACAACGCCGGCGUCGUCUCCUCAAAGACCUCUCAUCGCAUAACUAUACAUCUGCCUUCAACAAUGCUCGUAACAAACGACAUCUCGGAACAGCUGAGUGGGCAUUCAACACAGAUCAGUUCCAGAAUUGGUUCACGGGUGACGGACCAGCAGUUCUGCAUGUGACAGGGAAAAUUGGAUCUGGAAAGACAAUAUUGGCGUCUUCGAUCGUUGAACACUUAUGUCAGAUCAGACAACCUAAUCAGUUCAUCUCAUUUUUCUUCUCCAGAUUCGACAAUCCGACAACCUUGGCUUCUGACACUAUAAUUCGCUCACUGGUCCAACAAUUGCUAUCCGUGGCUCCCAUGGAAACGAUGAACGCAACUCUCGCGUCCGAGAUCGCCGACUGUCUUCAGAAAGCCCAGGAUAACUUUUUCUCCCUCGACACUCUUGGGAAGCUCUAUGAGACGGCUUCCAAAUUCACACAGGACUGGUUUAUCCUUAUCGAUGGUGUGGAUGAGUGCGAAUCUGAGCAACAGCGGUUACUAUAUGACUUCUUAUCUCGCUUCCUUGACACCUGUUCGGGGCCACAGCGAAUUAAGAUCCUGUUCUCGAGUCGAGAAACGACAAAACAAGACAUCGAGAGGUCAUUUGGUUCUGUGGAAAGGCUGAUUACUGGCACUUCCAAUACAAGCGACGACAUCGUCGCCUUCGCAGAAGAUGUCAUUGUCGCAAAGCUGUCCAGAGGCGAGUUGGUGGUAAGAGAUCCGGAGAUCAUUGGUGAUAUCCUCCAGGCAAUUGCAUCCAAGGAGGAAGGAAUGUUCCUGUGGGCCUUCCUCGCUAUUGAAGAUAUUUGUUCUGGGACAAACGACAAGGAGAUCAGACAGGCACUUCAAGAAAUCCCGACAGACCUUCCAACAACCUUUGACCGAGCAUUGCGUCGGAUAGCAAAGCGGCGCAACCAAAAGAUUGCUAGCGAGAUAUUUGGGUGGACCACAGCUGCCCGUCAGCCGUUGACCUUGACACAAUUGCAGGAAGCUCUCUCUGUCAAGGUUGGCCAGCGCAACUUGCAUCCAGAGGACCUGGUCAGCGGUAUAGACCGUAUCACCGUGUGGUGUGAGAAUCUGGUGUGUGUCGAAGAAACAGACAACACGGUCCAUUUCAGCCAUCAUUCCAUCCGAGAAUACCUUCUCCAGCCCGAAUCCGGCGACCUCAAAGAUUUUCAUGUUGAUCUCGAAGAGUUUGAUCACCAUGCUGGCGAGGUCUGCAUCACAUAUCUCCAUCUCGAGAACCUCAAGACAACACUUAUUGAGAGCGAAAAGGCCGAACCUCCCCCUACCGUUACAGUCGCGAUGGAAGGAUUGAGCGAGCAGACAGUUCGAACAGCUGUUGGUGGAAGUAUGGGUGCCCGAGUAGGUCGCUGGACAAGCCGCGUUGUCAAGUCGAGCGCACGCUCAGCCCAGCCUUCGGCAGGAGAUGCCGCAAUUCACUCGACUCUUAGGAACCUUCGCCAUGCGCCUCCGGCUUCAAGAGGGAUUGAGUAUGUUUUUCUCGAAUACGCCGAGGACAACUGGUUUCGGCACAGGACUCGCCUUGUCCAUGCUUCUCGCCGAGCCGAGAACAGCAUGUGGAAUCUCGUUGGCCGGCUUCUCAGGAGCCCUCGUCAACGGGUAAACCUGCCCUGGAAGGACUUGCUUUGGCGGGAGUCCCUCGCGAGGCCUGGAUAUUUAUCUCUGGAUCCAUUUGGAUCUUUCGUCCCAUCCGGAUGCUUCUUCGUGCCUGAUGAGAUGGAGAGACAUUUACAGGCCCAGCCAGCACCGGACCCGAUAAGCGACCUCUCACCAAUUGGUAGCCUCCCUUUCUUGGCCGUCUACGCUGUUCAGAACAAUCAUGAGAGCUUGGCCUGCUGCGCUUUUAUGACAUUUAUUCAAAAACGCCAACGAUCUCCCAUAACCAAGUGGCUCACGUUGUUCCUGGCACUGGAAGGGAAGCAUUCACAUUGCCCGAAUCACUGCUUCGCUAGAUUACAGGAGCAUAUAUUUCAUUAUGAGCUUGUCCAUACCAUUACACUUUGCAUCGCCGCCGGGGUUUCACAUUGGCCCGCUUCCACCUCCGAGAAGGUUAUCCACGAUGACCAACACAGACAAUGUUCAACGAAUAGAUUUCUGGAUUUCUGCAAGCUCAUACCGACGGGCUUCGUCGCACAAGAUUGCAUACGUAUUCAAGACUUUGCCCUCGUGGCUUUGUGCGCCCUCACCAAGCCGCACUGGUUUCGCCUUCCAGGCUUACGGAAUGAAUCUAGCACCCUUCUCACUGCGAGGACAAGCAAUAACAUGUCCAUUGUCGAUAUUGCGGCAGAACAAAACGACGAGGACAGCCUCGCCUUUCUAAUGUCAUUCUUCCAACCCAAAGGUUUGCAACAAGUCGAAGUCUUUGACCCCGCUAAACACCAUGGCGAGAUGGAGAAACUAGCGCUGGGCGGUCUCUGCACUGCUUUACGGAACGGCUCGAGCGACAGCGCAAUGUUCCUGUUCAAACAAUGCUUUGACCUAUUCAGCUCCGAACAGGCAGGCCAGUUCGAGCAACUAGACAUUAUUAAUCUCCAUCUAGCACUAUCCCAAGCAGCUGUGUUUGAAUGGCCGUUUGACAACACUAAGAAUCUUUUGUUCUGGUUUUUCAGCGCCCUGGUGGUUAAGCGGAAUAUGGAAGCAGCAAUGAACCAUCUCAUCGAAGAAUCUGUCAAGGCCGACAAUUGGAAAUUUGCCGCCGCGGUAGUUGACGCGGUUUCAGACCUGGAAUUCGAGAGGACAGAGAGCGCCGAUUCUUUCUUCAAGAUGACUCUGGACUCGUUGAGCUGUCAACGAUGCCGGGGGAAACAAUCCUGGCCUGAGCCCAUGGACACGCGGCUUUUGUUUGCUGACCAGCGCUACAAGUUGUGCUCCAAGCACAAGAGACAGGCUCUGGCUACACUUGACGCCAGACUAUAUCUCACUCCUGACAAGGGGUCGUUGCAACUGGCGCGUUUGAGCGAGUCGGACCAGGAAAAACUCCCUUCGGACAACGAGGUUGAGGAAGAUUCCAUUUUGUCCGUACCAUUCGAUGAACAACCAUGA